UUCAGAACCCUACCGGCCGCUUCAUGCGUUAUCCAUCUAGUCAUAGCUUUUAGCGACCUACAUACUUUUCUGUCGUAGUGGAUUCGUCUCAUCUCUUCCCAUUCCCCUACUUUGUCGCAUGUUACCAAGCCCUGACAUAGCGACUGGGUCUGAAUCAGAUCUCCUGCUUUCGAGCAUCCUCCCUGUCUUCCUCCGUCACUAAUUGGAGCCUUGACCUUUGAACAAAGCGGCUCCGAUGAUCUGAAGCUGAGAGGACCCUUUUUGACAGCGAUAGAACAAUAAUUAAUCCUGGUCCUUGACAAGAUCGGCAACCUGAAAUCUUCGGUUCAGCGGGUCAGACUCGAUCUAUCUGACACUCCUGUCACUCUUCUCACCCCUUCGCUAUGCGUGAAAAAAACAAAUAGCAUCCGUCUGCCAAGUUUCAUGUUAUUCUGCACCGAACCUAGACCCCAGUCUUCUGGAAGACGUACAAGAAACAGCCGUCCCCCUGACAGUUAAACGAAUUGUCUCUCCAAUCACUUCGUUUUCAUCCUCUUUACUUUGUUCCUUCACCUAUCUGUGGAGUAUCUUCGCAUUAUAAUCGAUAAUUAUUCCGGAACGAGGUUGAUCCUGUUUCUAGUACCUUGCGGCAGUUAUCAUGAGAUUGUGAUCACCUGAGCCUCUACGAUUACCAGAAAGACGACUUCGGAUCCCGAUGCUGUAAUCAAAUACAUACGCCCAUUAUCAGUCUUUUCACGAAUCAAGUGGCGCCAAUUGCAUAUUCUGACAGUUCCAUAAUCAUUCGAAUCAUUCUAAUACGGCUUCUGUUCGGACAAGUCUCUACACAGACCUUAAUCAUGAAGAUUGAGUCAAUUUUAAAUCAGUUCAGCGAACUAGACACGAAAGCGAGAGAUAGUCGAGAAAGCCCACAACUUUUCAGCGAGCAGAAGGAACAGAGAGGCCCAUCAUUUUCACUGUCAACUCCAUCACCCGACUGCGCUCAGUCCAGAACAUCCAGUGUGCGAUCCGAUAGUCGAACUCGUACGCCUUGGGAUGCUGGUGGCUACUCUCUGCCAAGGGAUAUUGGCCCUCAAAACUCCUCACGACCCCCUUUCGCGCCGGUGACUUGGGAGGAGCAGCAGGAAUCUGCAAGACGUCAGAAUGCAUCGAAUUACCACUCCAGACAAGUAUCAAUGGAUACAUCAGCCAGCAUAAGUCUUCCUGGUUCCACAGGAUCAUAUGCGCUACCAGUCCGGUAAGAAAACUCGAAACCAAAACCCGGUACGGGCAUGAGAAGCUUGAGGUUGACAUUGCUUCAAGUAGAAUGCCUUCCACUCCAGAGGUCCAUCAAGACGGUUGGGCGCCGAAAAGCAGCCACAGCGAGCGCCGUGCUUCUCAGCACAUGAGAAGAUCAAGUCUCUGGACGGAAUACAAUACGUCUCCAGCUUCAGGAAGCCAUAAGAUAUCGGACAGCCGCAGCAGUUUCUCAUCGUGUUGCUCAUCGACCUUCUCUGCUGGCCAUUCCAGAUUCUCAUCGGUAUCUACCAUCAACGGGAGCAAUACGGUAGGCUCUGGCAUCGCUGACCUGGAAGCAAAAUUGGAGCGCCUUCCAAGGAUCACAGCGCCUCUCCCUCCAGUAACAGUCGGUUUGUCUGUGAAGUCGCACACCCGUCAGCCUACCAAUGGUGCUAGGUCGUUGUACUCGGGUAGCCCAUCUGACACGAUUCUAGAGGCGAGGAUGAUGAGAAGAAAGCAUAACCACUUAUCAGAAGAUCAAACCUAUUUGAAGCCAAAAGAUCAGUUUCUGAAUUCGUUAGAUCGCGUUCAUAAGCGAACCAUCUCGGCACCAAACCCCGCCCAGGGCUCUGGUCAUUCUUUUCCUCAAGCACCAACUUCUCUGCCACAAUUUACGUCCCGGCAUCUUCAUCCUCCAACACAACUGUCACCACAGAUCAGCACGUCUCACGAGCGUCUUGGCAUCGAGAAGUAUCCCUGGAUCAAUACGAGAGAGAGCUCCCCUACACCUAGUAGCACAUCAACAAAGUCGCCCUUUCAGCCCCAGGAGACUGUGAGGAUGCAGUCCGACGGGACUCUUCCAGGUGCAACUGGACAGGCAGCGUCCCAUGCCAACCCAAAUGAUCGUGUUAUUGCAGCAUGCCGUACCUUUGGAAAUAUAGCCAUCAACGUUCCCCUCAAGGGUGGUGAUAUUUGCAUGGCAGUUUCCGACUGUGACACUGAUUCGGUUCCUCGCAAGGUCAUCUCUCAUCUUUUUGGCCGCAACAAGGUCUGCACUCGUCGCAUCCCGGAGCGUGUCUGGGUUUGCAUGUGUCGCAAGCACUAUCAGAGGAUUCGCUACCGAACUGGUGCUAGAUUCAGCUCGACUCAGAUCGAAAUGGUGUACGAGCAGAUCAUCCGAAUGAUCUUCUGGAGCCGAGGUUUGGAGAAUGUCAACAGAACUAAUCAGGAGGGCAUCACCAUCCGAUCCUGGACAUUCUCGAUUCGAAGACGUGAGGUUAAGCGCCUGGCGGAUACGAACAGUCGGGAUCCCAUCCCUCACUGGAUCAUGCAGAGCCUUGGCGAAGGCAAGACGCACGAUGAGAUCCUCGAUGUUGUCGAACGUCUUUGCCAAGAGAUCAAUCACGGGGGUCUCAGGGAAGUCCCUCCUGUCGAGUUCCUCCCAGAAGUUGUUGAUGCUUUCGCAAACCCGCUUGCUCAGGUCCAGAUCCAUCAGACAUCGGCCAGCAGCCAAUCCGGCCGUUCGUUGAUGGCUGGGGAGGCAGUUCCAUCCCCCCUCCCAUUCGUCAAGGAAUCGUCGCCCCUCGAACCAGUUCAAGAAGAGGGAUCUACGAGUGAGCAUAGUAGCCAGCAAUCAUCUUCGUCGCCCACGCCUCCUGCUGUUUUCAACGGGUCUCGACCUGUUCAUCACUCCAGAUCGUAUACCGACGAUAUGUCCAACCGGACUGCUCCCUACUCAUUCGGCUCUCGGUCUCCUCUCGCGAACUCUGGCAUCGGGCCAGACACUGAUCGACAACCCAGUCUUGGGUACUAUGACAGUCAGAACCCAACAGCACCUUCAAUGAGCUAUUCCAGUAUUAAUCGUCAGAUGCAGGCGCCGAUGACCGAUCACCGAGAUUCCUGCGAUAACGCUCCUUAUUACCAACAGUCUUAUAGCGGCGAUCACCACUAUGGCCCAAAUGGAUUCGUACUGACUGAUAGAAACCUCUCGGUCCAUACCGCUGCUAUGCCAAUGGUGGUCAGAGCGGAUCAGAUGUAUAGCACCGCAGGCUAUGCUGCCCAACACAGCCGAGACAACCACCACUUCCUUGCGUCGACAGUCAAUACUCAACUCACGCCCGCGCCCCUCAAUUAUCCCUCUUCCGGGACUCCUCCUAUUCAGACUCCAGGAGCGGUUUACUCGUAUCAAGUCCCGGAAGAACGUCAUUCUCAUCUUAGAAUGAGCGGAGUAGACAACUCGCUGCAUCAUUCGAUGGCAGACGAGCGCCCGUACUCUGAUGCUCCGCGUUCACAAAUCCACCAGCCCUACUGGUUUUCUGCCGAGACUGGGUCGAACACUAGGAUCGGCCGCUCUAUGAACCAAUACCAGCAGCACACAUUGGCUUCCGUUGACCAAGCUAGCCUCUGUUCCUCGCGCCAGUACCCCAAAGAAGAAGUUCCAGAGUAUGGCGUUGCUGAUCUGGUUACUGAUGAAGGUGUUCCGACCACGCAGCCAGCAGUGGCCUACCGUCCAAGAUACCAACACGGCUACGCAUCCACCGCCGAGUUCGACGACACUCUCGCUCGAGGCAAUUACCAGGCCUAUCAACACAAUCUUUCAACCAAUGACGAUGAAGAGAACUUCCAUGGUGAUCGAGCUUCCGAUAGCAAUCACCAGUAAGGAACAGAUUUCCUGAAUGAUGGUAGGGAGCGAGGUUUUUGAGGCCUGGCCUUGUGUGCCACUUGCGUAGCUUCAUGCUUUACCUCCUUUUUCUUUUUGACACGAGCUGCACGACGAUAAUGAAUUUAUCUAAUUUGCGUUGCUUCCCCGCCUGGGGCUGUUCAUCACUGCUGAACUGAAAAACGUUGCUCCCUUGACAUUCGUCCGCCCCCCCCCCAUCGGAACCCCCCCCUUUUUUUUUUGGUAUUUCCGGCCCGUUGUCUGGGUAUAUCGCCCACUGGAGCACCUCAGGAAGCCCAACGACACAACAAUAAGGCAUGUUUCGGCAUGACUUCGCACAGGGCGGAUAUUUGCUUGUUACUGCCAUGAUUAUUAUGAUUGCUCCAUCGUCUGGGAUGGGAUUUGCUAUUAUGGAGAUGCUUAUGACAUAAAGUUCAUAGCCUUGUUGGCCUGAAGCGGCCAUAAGUAGCCAGAUAGAUGAUAGAUGAAUGACCCAUCUGAACGAUAUUUCGAUGAGGAAUCGUAAUGAGACUCUGGUUGAUGACGCUAUGUGAUAUCCGUUUUUCUUUGCUGAGAGAUAUUCGUGAAUGCUGUAAGAUCUAGCGAUGGGUGCAUAGUCUUGAUGAUCAAUCCCCCCUGAACAUGAUGAUGCCACCGUCCCAGUCCUUCAACUCCCCAACAUUGGCCCUGGCCACUUCUACGUAGCCAAAACGCUUGUAGAAUCUGUCGAGCCCACGCAAUCCCACCAGCCAAGUGGGAACUCCUGCACGAUCGGCCGCCUCCAAGCCAUGCUGAAGGAGCAGGGAACCAUAACCACUACCUUGGACAUGAGGAGAGACCCCAAGGCUAGACAAAUACCAAGCUGAACGACGCCGAGGAGAAUUGAGUAUGUCGGGUUCAAUGGUACUGAAAUCGCGGUCGUAAAUACCAAGUCGAUGAGAGUCUACGUGGCGAAGAGGAAACACGUAGGAAUGUAGUUUCAGCGCCGCCAACAUGAUGGGGGCAACCCAAGCGUCUGGAUGAGUUAAUGCUUCGAUCAGGUUUUGGUUUUCGCAGGGUUUGAGUGGACAAUGCAAUAGUUGGCAGAGAUUUAAUGGAGAGUCUUACGAAAUGAGAGCCAUCGCUCACGGAAAGAUAAGGAAUCGUCCGGUAUAUGCCACCAAGUAAAUGCCACAGUCCUGCCUCUGGCAUCAUCCAGCAUAGUGAGAACGUAGCCGGGCGUCCAGUAGCGUGUACGAAAGCGCCGAGUAACCCACUCACGAAAGGGAGUUGAGUCGCUGUGACGGGUUGGGAACAUGAAGUCGAGCAGAGUUUCUUUGUCGAAGCUUUGCAUAUAGAGAUCUGUAGCCACAGUGAGAUCGGCAGUGGUGCCGGGCCGGAUGUGAUGGAGCACCUCUGUGGAUGUCAUAGGCUUUGAUGGCCGUUGGAGGUGAGUAUUGACUCCAGCGAUAAGAUCCGAGUGUCAGUCUGGUAUAAAAAUAGGUCUUGGAUCCGUCUUCGGGGAGUGUUUUGGAGAUCAACUGCACAAAUUCAACUUCUGGAGCUGCGUAUCGGUAGUUAUAUACGUGUUGAGUUAACGCAGGGGGUUUGCUUUUGAGGGAUCAAUGGACCUAGUCACCAAAUGAUUGGCAAACAAUAUUCUCCAUACAAUGGACUUUGGUUUCAAUCAAACUGAAAGUUUGCACAUCAAGUAAAUAACAAUCGACAUUUGCAGCUAUUUAGGCAAGACCUAAGGCGGGGAUAAGUCGAUCAAGCUGCCAUGACGGGAUUUACGCCGGGUGAGUCAGUAGUUCAUGUUAAUUCCGAAAACGCUCGGAUUUUGCUCUGACAGGGCAGGGGGUCCUCUCGCUUACCUGCCUAUUAGGGUGUGUAUAUGGCAUGCUCUGUAUUCAGUUUGAUGGGCAGGUAUCUGACUGAUAUCGCGGCUUUUUUUUUUUCUUUCUUUUUAUCUCCUGGUGUUGCGGGAAAUAUCCAACGGCUACCUUAGUAGUUAUGCAGACAUGCACUAGAGCCUCGUGAGCUUAAUUUAGCAACUACUUGCUGAACAUGGAAAGAUAAGACAGGGCUAUACCAGCAUCAAGAGCGCGAAGGAAGUAGGCACCUUAGUCCACAUAGCCCUGCUGGAAGUGACAUCUCGUAUCCAUCGUGGCAGAGUCAGUCGAUUCGCAAUCUCGAUAGGUCUCUUUCCUGUCUCAGGUAGUUAAAGCAAAGUCAAUUCCACUGUCUUGAAUAUGGAUCGCAACAGUCAAGUGGGGAUGGGUUAACAUCCAGGGAUUUUGAGAGAGGUCAUUGUUGGUGCAUUAGUUGAUCUUUCAAUGGAAAGGUAUUAGCUUGCGAUUGGUAAACAAAAAUUCACCAGAUCCCAGUGUUUCUUUUAUUAGAAUAUGAUGGGUUCUCGUGUUGUCUGUACGAAAAAGAAAAAGGUCGCAUGGUGGCAUUUGAUCUUUAUGAAUGCUACCC